UUCUUACCCAUAAUGCUUUGUGGGGACGUUGACAAGUGGAUCCAAGAUGGCGUAGAAAGUAAUGACAGGAAUUGGAUGAAGUAAUUGAUCACUAAUGAACUACAGAGCCGGUGAGAUGUGCAAGACAUUAUAAAGAGCUCUGAUGGGCUAUUUGGGUGACACCCAGUGCAGUGAACUGCAGGAUUUUUGUCCCUGAGUCAUGGAAGACAGAAGAGCUGAAAGGUCAUGUGAACAAGCGUGUGCGUCACUGCAGAGGCAGGACUAUGACAUGGCCCUCCAGCACUGCACAGACGCCCUGCUCUCUCUCGGCCAGUACUCCAGGGCCGACUUCUCAGGGCCGUGCCCAGUGGAGAUUGAGCGCAUCAAAAUCGAGAGUCUUCUUUACAGAAUUGCUUCAUUCUUGCAAUUGAAAAACUACGGGCAAGCUGAUGAAGAUUGUAGGCAUGUGCUCGGGGAAGGACUGGCCACGGGAGAGAGUGCCUUCCGGGCAGUGCUGUGUUGCAUGCAGCUGAAAGGGAAGCUUCAGCCUGUGUCCUCCAUCCUUGCCAAGUCCCUGUCAGGGGAGUCUCUGAAUGGGAUGGUAACGAAAGAUUUGACGAGACUCAAGACACUUCUCACAGAAACAGAGACAGCAACGAGUAAUGUCCUGUCUGGAUGCCAUGUGGAGGCUGUGGAGGACGGGUCUUGUAAUGGUUGGCAUUUCCGCCCACCGCCCAGGGGGAUCACCAGCAGUGAGGAGUACACCUUGUGUAAAAGGUUUUUAGAGCAAGGAAUCUGUAGGUACGGUGCCCAGUGUACUUCAGCACAUUCCCAGGAAGAACUAGCAGAAUGGCAGAAACGAUACUCCUCACGACUGAUAAAACUGAAGCAGCAAAGUGAGACUAAGCAGCUCUCAGGCAGCUACAUGGAGACCUUGAUAGAGAAGUGGAUGAGCUCGCUGUCCCCUGAGAAAGUGCUUAGUGAAUGCAUAGAAGGAGUUCAGGUGGAGCACAGCCCUGACCUGUCAGUCACCGUCAACACCAAAAAAUCUCACCAGACCUGGACCUUUGCUCUGACCUGUAAGCCUGCAAGAAUGCUGUGUCGGGUAGCAUUGCUCUAUGAUGCCCAUCGUCCUCACUUUAGUAUCAUUGCCAUAUCUGCCGGAGAUAGUACCACCCAGGUGUCACAAGAAGUCCCUGAGAACUGUCAAGAAUGGAUAGGAGGAAAGAUGGUCCAAAAUGGAUUAGAUCAUUACGUGUAUAAAGUCGGGAUAGCAUUUAACACAGAAAUAUUUGGAACUUUUCGCCAAACCAUAGUUUUCGACUUUGGAUUGGAGCCAGUGCUCAUGCAGAGAGUAAUGAUUGACGCAGCUUCUACAGAAGAUCUUGAAUACCUGAUGCACGCCAAGCAGCAGCUGGUAACCACAGCCAAGCGCUGGGAUUCUUCUUCUAAGACUAUUGUAGAGUUUGAGCCUAAUGAAACUACUGAAUUGGAGAAGAGCCUUUUGAUCAGAUACCAAAUUCCUCUCUCUGCUGACCAGCUGUUUACACAGUCCGUUUUAGACAAAUCAUUGACCAAGACUAACUAUCAGUCACGGCUGCACGACCUGCUUUAUAUUGAGGAGAUAGCCCAGUAUAAAGAAGUCAGCAGGUUCAACCUUAAAGUGCAAUUGCAGAUUUUAGCAAGCUUCAUGCUCACUGGAGUUUCUGGGGGUGCAAAGUAUGCUCAGAAUGGACAACUUUUUGGUCGUUUUAAGCUUACUGAAACCCUGUCUGAAGACACUUUGGCUGGACGGCUGGUGAUGACCAGGGUCAAUGCUGUUUAUUUAUUACCAGUCCCUAAAGAGAAGCUGGUCCAGUCCCAGGGAACCAAAGAAAAGGUUUAUGAAGCUACUAUUGAAGAAAAGACAAAAGACUAUGUAUUUUUAAGGAUAUCCAGGGAAUGCUGUGAAGAGCUUAGUCUGCGGCCUGACUGUGACACCCAGGUUGAGCUUCAGUUUCAGUUGAAUCGAUUACCCCUCUGUGAAAUGCAUUAUGCACUAGACAGGAUUAAGGACAAUGCUGUUUUGUUUCCAGACAUCAGUAUGACUCCUACCAUACCUUGGAGUCCCAACAGACAGUGGGACGAGCAGUUGGAUCCUCGACUAAAUGCGAAGCAGAAAGAAGCAGUUCUGGCCAUCACCACCCCGCUCUCCACCCAGCUGCCGCCUGUCCUCAUCAUCGGCCCCUAUGGGACAGGCAAAACCUUCACUCUGGCCCAGGCUGCCAAGCACAUACUGCAGCAGCAGGAGACCAGCAGGAUUCUCAUUUGCACCCAUUCUAAUAGUGCUGCUGACCUCUACAUAAAGGAUUAUUUACAUCCAUAUGUAGAAGCAGGCAACCCCCAGGCGAGACCUCUCAGGGUGUAUUUCCGAAAUCGCUGGGUGAAGACUGUGCACCCAGUGGUGCAUCAGUACUGUUUGAUCUCAAGCACACACUCCACCUUUCAGAUGCCCCGGAAGGAAGAUAUUCUUAAACACCGCGUGGUGGUGGUCACACUCAACACUUCCCAGUACCUCUGCCAGCUGGACCUUGAACCUGGCUUCUUCACGCACGUUCUGUUAGAUGAAGCUGCCCAGGCCAUGGAGUGUGAGACCAUUAUGCCUCUAGCCUUAGCCACUAAAAACACACGGAUUGUUUUGGCUGGUGAUCAUAUGCAGCUCAGUCCUUUUGUUUACAGCGAGUUUGCCAGGGAGAGAAACCUUCAUGUUUCAUUACUUGACCGACUCUACGAGCAUUAUCCUGCAGAAUUCCCAUGCCGGAUCCUCCUCUGUGAGAACUAUCGCUCCCAUGAAGCUAUCAUCAACUACACCUCGGAGCUUUUCUAUGAGGGGAAGCUGAUGGCCAGUGGGAAGCAGCCAGCGCACAAGGACUUCUAUCCACUCACGUUCUUUACAGCUCGGGGGGAGGACGUCCAGGAGAAGAACAGCACGGCGUUCUACAACAAUGCCGAGGUAUUUGAGGUGGUGGAGCGUGUAGAAGAGCUGAGGCGGAAGUGGCCGGUGGCCUGGGGGAAGUUAGAUGACGGCAGCAUCGGUGUGGUGACGCCAUACGCCGACCAGGUGUUUAGAAUACGAGCUGAGCUUCGCAAGAAGAGGCUCUCGGAUGUGAAUGUGGAGCGGGUGCUCAAUGUCCAAGGAAAGCAAUUCAGAGUUCUGUUUCUUAGCACAGUGCGUACACGCCACACUUGCAAGCACAAGCAGACGCCAAUUAAAAAGAAAGAGCAACUUCUGGAAGACUCCACCGAGGACUUAGAUUAUGGUUUUCUCUCCAACUACAAACUUCUUAAUACCGCCAUCACCAGAGCACAGUCCUUGGUUGCUGUGGUGGGAGACCCUGUUGCUCUAUGCUCUAUUGGAAGGUGUAGAAAGUUUUGGGAGCGGUUUAUUGCCCUGUGUCAUGAAAACCACAGCUUGCACGGGAUCACAUUUGAACAGAUCAAGGCACAGUUAGAGGCUUUAGAACUCAAGAAGACUUAUGUGUUGAAUCCACUGGCUCCUGAAUUUAUCCCCCGGGCUUUACGACUGCAGCAUUCAGGAAGCAGUAGCAGACAGCAGCAGUCACCACCCAAGGUGAAAAGCCUCCAUCAUCCCCAGAAUGAUCAUUUCCAGAAUGAUGGAAUUGUUCAGCCCAAUCCUUCCGUACUUAUUGGCAAUCCUAUUAGAGCAUAUACUCCUCCGCCCCCUCUUGGACCGCACCCAAACUUGGGGAAAUCUCCAAGCCCCGUUCAAAGAAUAGAUCCUCACACUGGGACUAGUAUUCUUUACGUACCUGCCGUCUAUGGAGGGAAUGUAGUUAUGUCGGUGCCUUUACCUGUGCCAUGGACAGGGUACCAGGGUAGGUUUGCAGUUGAUCCUCGGAUUAUUACACACCAGGCAGCGAUGGCCUACAAUAUGAACCUAUUACACACACAUGGACGUGGGUCGCCGAUCCCUUAUGGUCUUGGACAUCACCCCCCUGUCAGCCUAGGCCAGCCUCAGAAUCAGCACGCAGAGAAGGACCAGCAGGAGCAAAAUCGAAAUGGUAAAACUGAUACAAAUAACCCUGGACCUGAACUUAAUAAGAUCCGAACACCAGAGAAAAAACCUACAGAACCCAAACAGGUUGAUUUGGAAUCAAACCCACAGAUCAGAAGCCCUGAGCCCCGUCUUGGUGUUGUUUAUUCCAACACGAAAUUUCCUCGAAAAGAUAAUCUCACCCCGAGACACAUAACUCUUCCUCUUCCUGCGCCACACACACAGUACGCAAUCCCUAGCCGCCAUUUCCAUCCGAUUCCUCAGCUCCCCAGGCCUCCAGUCCCCGGGUCCCAGCCGCACACCUUGUUAAAUCAGCAGCAGAAUAAUUUGCCUGAACAACCAAACCAGGUGGCACCCCAGCCAAACCAGGUGGCACCCCAGCCAAACCAGGUGGCCCAGCAGCAGAGCCAGGCACCUCCACAGGCCCCGCAGCCAGCUCCUCAACUUUCUCCUGCAUUUCAGGCGGGGCCCACCAAUGCAUUUUUCAAUAAUGCAGUUGCUCACCGACCACAGUCUCCUGCUGCAGAGGCUGUGGGUCCUGAGCAGCAGCCGCCUCCUGGCCUUCCCGAAGGCCACAGUCCACUGAGAGCCAUCUCACAGCCCAGCCCCAUCCUGGCAUCACCUUUGAACAACUUUGUUGAUGAGAGCUCUCCGGGAUUGCCUAUAGAAGAAGCUUUGGAUCGCGUGCAUGGAAGUGUAGCUCUGGAGACGCUGAGGCAGCAGCAGGCUCGGCUACAGCAGUGGAGUGAGCACCACGCCUACCUGAGCCAGGGCGGCAUCCCGUACUCACACCAUCACCAUCCUCACCUCCCGCAUCUUCCCCAGACACCCAUUGGCCUCCACCAGCCUCCAAGGGCAGAGUGGAAAGUCUCCGGCAGGGCUGACGAGGAGACAGAGACGACAUUGGCAAGGUUUCAAGACUUACUCAGAGAACUGUCCCAUCGGGAUCAAGGUGACCCUGGAGAGCUGGCUGAGAUGCCUCCGCCUCAGUCAAGACUUCUGCAGUACAGACAAGUUCAGCCUAGAAGCCCACCAGCGGUCCCGUCUCCCCCUUCCUCCACAGACUUCCGUAGCCACUUUGCUAACUUUAAUGACAACAGCAGAGACAUGGACGUCACCCACAGCCCGGCGUUCCCACAGCGCCUCCCGCCUCAGCUGCUCAGCUCCCCUUUCCCGCUGCCCACUGAGCACCUUGCCCCUCCUCCUCUGAAAUACCUGGCUCCAGAAGGAGCAUGGAAUUUUGCUAACUUGCAGCAGAAUCACUUGAUAGGGCCGGGCUUUCCCUAUGGCCUCCCUCCGUUGCCUCCCAGGCCCCCGCAGAACCCUUUCAUACACAUCCAGAGCCAUCAGCACGCUGCCGUCGGUCAAGAGCCAUUUCCCCCGCUGUCAGCUCGCACAGUGACUGCUUCUUCCCUCCCCAGCCUAGAGGAGUAUGAGCCCAGAGGACCUGGUCGGCCCUUGUACCAAAGAAGAAUCUCAUCUAGCUCAGCCCAGCCUUGUGUGGAAGAGGCAAGCACUCCCCAAGACAGCCUGGCUCAGGGCAAAGAACUGCAGGACCACAGCACCCCGCCUGCGUUCAGCUUCCCGGCCACUGAGUCCUGGGCCAACACCACCUCAUCUGUUCCCUACCAGAACAUUCCGUGCAAUGGAUCCAGCAGGAUAAGUCAACCCAGAGAGUUGAUAGCUCCACCCAAGACUGUCAAACCCCCUGAGGAUCAGCUGAAGCCCGACAGCGGGGAGGCGUCCAGUUCCUUCAACUACUCGGUGCUGCAGCACCUCGGCCAGUUCCCACCCCUCAUGCCCAACAAGCAGAUCGCAGAGUCGGCCAACAGCAACAGCCAGCAGAACCUGGCAGGGAGCAAGCCCGCCAUGUCCUAUGCCAGUGCGCUGCGGGCCCCGCCCAAGCCCAGGCCGCCGCCCGAGCAGGCCAAGAAGGGUAGCGACCCGCUGUCCCUGUUCCAGGAGCUCAGCCUGGGCAGCAGCCCAGGCAGCAAUGGCUUCUACUCCUACUUCAAGUGACCCCGCUCUCGCGCUCCUCAGAGAAUGUAUAGCUCAGUUCAGUCUGCAGGACUGAGGUGGCGGCUCUGCUCUGUGCGUGCCGCCCUCCGUAACGUUCACUGCGCUCUCAGACCCCUUGCUGCUAGACCUGCGCCUACGGUUAAAAGUAUAUUCCAUUAUUUUGCAUUUUUGAUGUGAGUCAGAAUUUUGACAGCUUUUAUGUAGAAUAAAAAUAUUUUUAAAUUUGUGUAUUGUUACAUAUGUUUGCAUCAAGCUAGCAGCUAAGAGGUUAACUGUGCAACUAUUAAAAAAAGAAAAAGGAAAAAAAAGUUUGUCUAAAAUGUAUUUAAAAAGAAAAAAAUUGUUAAGUAGCAUUUACAUUUAUUCUAUAAUAUUACCACAUGCUGGGUUUCUGUACCAGAAAUGGCCAGUUGAUGUACAAAUGUAUGUUAUUUUUGCUUAAAUUCAGUUAAAAAAUUUAAAAACCAUAAAGGGCAGCAUCUUCUAAAUCUUUUUUUUUUUUUUUUUUUUUUUUUUUUGGAAUAAGAGGAUGCUGCAUUGUAAAACUUUCAUCAGAGUUUUAGACUAUCUGUGACAUGCUGUUCUCUCUCUCGGUCAGCAUAGGGUAGUGGUCAAGGCCUUCUUUGCCCGGGUAUUCUGCAUGCCACUGGGUUUUGAAAUGUGAAAAAAAAAAGGGGGGGGGAGCAAAGCAAACCCCAGUGGCAUAGUCAGUUUUAUUUGUUUUGAUUUUGACAAGCAAGACUUCCAGCUUGUUUUUAACAUUGAGUUGAGAGUGUUUUUUUUUUUUUUAACAAAUCAUGAAUCUGAAGCAUUUUUUUUAGGAUUGUUGGUGCUUAGUAGACUUGAUAACUAUUUUAAAACUGCGUGAAUUUAGUGAAAAAUCUUAUUUCUCACUCUGCAUGUGUAAAUGUUCAUAGCCUGGCCCCCUCCUCCAGGGCAGAAAGACCUGUGCCGACUGAAGGUUUGGGUUUCUUUUCUUCUAGUAAAAGUUUUGGUACCUUAUUUGAUGUUUACAUUAAGAUAUGACAUUACACAUGGCAAUUCUAAGAUCUUUCUAAUUGUUUAUUUGAGGGAUAUCAUUAAGGAAAAAAAACACUGUCAAAAAAUAGAUGAAAAGCUAGGGUAUGUUUCAGAUCCUUUGAAUCUUCUGAAAUCCCCCUUGACUCAUUAGAAAUAUGAAAUUGAAGCAACUGUCUGCAGAGGCCCGCAUCCUGCCAGUUGCUUUGAAUGAGUGUUGAAGAAAUAGGCUGUCCUUGUGUUCUUUAACGCAUCUGAAACAACGGCCUUUGUCAUUUCCUGAUCCCGUAGCUCUAAUUUUAUAUUUCUAAGAAAUCUUGAGACUACAAUAUAUCUUUUUUUUUUUUCUUUUUAAACUAAGAUGAGGCCAGGGGAUAUUUCAAAAGAGGCUGACUUUCCUACUGAACACUCAAGCAUGGUUUUCUGGAAGACUUUUGGUAGAACAUUUAAGAUGGGUUGGACAUGGCAAGGGGUCGUCAAAAUUAGUCUGUGUGACUAGAUGUUAGUCUAGGGCAGCCAGCCACAGUCCCCUGUAGCCCGACACAGGGUGGGAUUAAAGGCUGCGUUGGUCAAGGGGUGGCAAACUCUGGGGCCAAUGAUACAGCCUCUCAGAUUCACUUCUUCUGCCUUUGUGCUCAGGGCCGAGCUAUGGGAACUUGGCCUCCUGUCUCGGGCUACAUGCCUCUUUCGAGCUGCCAGAUGUGGACCCACAGACUAAAGUGGUGUUCAUGGAUAGUACAGAUCCCAGCAGGCACGGGGACCCAGUGAGCCAGGACACCAUGCUCUGCGUGACAUUACGUCACCGCAUGCUGGCAGGUUUCAGGCAGAAUGAGACAACUUUUGCCUCUGUGUUCUAACUCUGUGCACAAGUGAGAAGUAGGACUCCCCCAUGAUAGUGCUGUCUGUGUCCCAUCAGGGAUAGCUCCUACGCCCACGCAUGCAGACACACAGGACAGCAGUACUGGCCGGGCAAGAGUUGAGAGCCAUUUUGCUAAUUCAGACAGAAUUAUACUGUCCGCUCUCGGGUCGCCUCUCGCCAGGAGAUCAUUGCCCACUUUUCUGUUUUUCAUACUUGAACCUUUAAAAAAUAUAUAUCAGUUUUUUUUUUAAAUUAUUUAUAUGUAGUUAAAGUCACGUGUGCACCCUCUCAUCUUAUGUACGACACUGAUGGUGGGACCCUCGGGAUGGGGGAACCCAUCAUCAGGUCGCAGUGACAUUCUCAACGUGGUUAUGUCUAAGAACUGACACUAGCUACUUGACCGCUCUGUUGCGAAUGCUGGUGUGUUCCCAUCUCUUUCCUGUUUCUGCAACUAGUGGAGGGUUUCGUUCCGUGGCUUCACGUUCUGGUUAGAAUACUUCAACGUUAGCCCGGCUCCUCCUCCUCAGUGUUCCUCCUGUCUCCCGUUCAGGCUCUGAGGAGCCUGUUAGGUAUGGCCAGCAUCUUUUAACAGCCAACGUCAGACCUUACCGCAAGAGCCGGUACGAGCUCUCGCUUGAGGCUCUCGGCAGUUACCCUUGUAGCAUUAACAGGGUUAGUCAUCUGCCUCAUGGAAGUAGCUCACUUUCCUUAGAUUCAACUUUAGAGUUCAGAUGGAACAUAUGUACAUACAUGUGUGUAUAUAUGUGUUUGUUUACAUACAUGAGCACACAUUAUUUUUUUAAAGAAAACUUGAUAGGUCUGUUAAUGCCCCCCCUUUUUUCUUCUGAGGUUACUUUAUGAUUUAUUCUCAUCUUCUUUUCUAUCGGAGACAUUUCCUUGUCCUUGCCAGUACUGGUUUUAGCCAUCGCAGUACAGCUUGAGGUGUUUCUUUCCUCCCUUUCUCUCCCGCUUUCCUCAUCUUUUCCAGUUCUUUUAGGUGAUAAUUUAGAGUCUUCAUGCUAUGUUUGUUCCCCUCCCCCUUCCUCACUUGGCCUAAAAAUAAAUUCCUCUUGAGAUUUGACAAACCUCAUUCACUGUAUCAUGGUAUUUUCUGGUGUGUGUUUUUAAAGAAGUCCACUCUGGCACUGCUGUUACUAGUCACAGCAUCUUGUCCUUGACCAGUCAGUAGUUAGUUACUGAUCAUGGAGACUAAGAGUCUCGGUCUUCCUUUCUCCACACAGACAUGCUCGCUGUCUGGGUCGUCUUGUGUGAGGAGAACAAAAGUGUCUGAUGUAGGUUAUUUUUCUUUUGUCUCAUUCUAGUCAAGAUUCUAGGGUGAGUUCAGGUUUGAUCUAAGCAUCAACCAGUCUUUUCUGUCCAGAGAGCUUCAGGGUAAAUAAAAUCAGGGGAAUUCUCAUGGAAUAAACAUUACCCAGUUGAAUCUGGCGGUCUCUAGAGCCUGUUUAUUACCGAGGUUUUCCUCUUUCCGAAGGUAUUGAAGUCCUGAGGAAACCAUGAGCUCCUAUGUUGUGUUCUGUUGCAGUGGUAUAGUUGAUGGUUCUAACUUCGGUAUGUUUCUUUUGGAGAGCAAAGCUGAAAACAUAAAAGAAUGUAUCUCUAGCCACCAUGACUGAGUCAGGGUGCUGAGAACAAUUUUAGGCUAAAUCUGAGCAUUCCCACGAUUGUCAUGGGAAAAGUUAGAUUUCCUGAACUAGUUGUUUUUUGUUUUGUUUUGUUUUGUUUUUUUAGGAGAUGUCCAUAAGUGAAAGAAUCAUUGCAUAGUGGAGAGUUUUAUUAAUAGAAAAAUUCUAUAAAAACAUAAGAUUAAAACUUCCCAUAUAGUAAAACAUACACAUUACUGUUUUAAAAUAUUAUCUAGGCUGUCCAUCCCUCCCCACCCACCUCUCCACCUCCUCACAGUUAAACUUGCCUUUUCUCAGUAAGUAGAUAACUCUGCUCCUAAUCACCCUAUGUGUCUGCCUGCAUCUGGCCGCAGGUGUCUUGGUAGAUCUGACUUGUCAUCUGAUCAGUGUUCAGACUGCCCAGAAGUUAGCGAGAAGGCGAGUGACGCUUCCUCCUUGUCCGGAGCAUCCCUUGGUGUGUCCCUCACACCACGGUGCCCAGGGUCCCCAUCAUACGGGUCUUCAGAGCGUCCACUACGUCAGCCCUUCACAUUGCCCUCUGACAUGGGCUUGACAGAGGCCGCCAAGUCAUGUCUACACUUGCCAGUUUCAUCCCUUGUUUAACUAGCAAUUUCAAGACCACAGAAUGAGGGGAUUUUUACUAAAGUUUAGCAUCCUAUAAGACAUCAGAAAGUGGCAUUAUAUCAAGUCUAAGCUAGAACAUCAGGUCAAACUUUUUUUUUUUUAA